CGGCGGGGGCGCGGGCCGGUCCCGGUGACCUCUGCGCCGCUUCUUGCAGCGUUCGCCUGGUUCGCUCGGCCCACCGUGGCGCGGGAGCCGCCGGAAGAGGAGGACGCGGCAGACGAGGCGGAGGCCGAGAUCAUCCGGCUCCUGAAGCGAGCCAAGUUGAGCAUCAUGAAAGAUGAGCCAGAAGCAGCGGAGCUAAUUUUGCAUGAUGCUCUUCGCCUUGCGUAUCAGAGUGACAACAAGAAAGCCAUCUCUUACACUUACGACUUGAUGGCCAACUUAGCAUUUAUCCGAGGGCAACUUGAAAAUGCAGAACAACUUUUUAAAGCGACCAUGAGCUACCUGCUUGGAGGAGGUAUGAAACAGGAAGACAAUGCGAUUAUUGAAAUCUCUCUGAAGCUGGCCAGUAUCUAUGCUGCUCAGAAUAAACAGGAAUUCGCCCUUGCUGGCUAUGAGUUCUGCAUUGCAACUCUAGAGGAAAAAAUUGAAAGAGAAAAGGAAUUAGCAGAAGAUGUUUUGUCAGUGGAAGAGAAAGCCAAUACCUACCUCCUCCUUGGCAUGAGCUUAGACUCUUGUGCACGCUACCUGCUGUUCUCUGGGCAUCUAUCACAGGCACAGAGGAUGUAUGAAAAAGCCCUGCAGAUUUGUCAAGGAAUACAAGGAGAAAGACACCCACAGACCAUUGUGCUGAUGAGUGACUUGGCUACUACUCUGGAUGCACAGGGACGCUUUGAUGAUGCCUACAUUUAUAUGCAGAGGGCGUCAGAUCUGGCAAGAGAGAUAAAUCAUCCUGAGCUGCACAUGGUGCUCAGCAAUCUGGCUGCCAUCUUGACACACAGAGAACGAUACACACAAGCAAAAGAGAUCUACCAGGAAGCAUUGCAGCAGGCAGAGCUGAAGAGAGAUGAGGUUUCUGUGCAGCACAUCAGGGAAGAACUGGCUGAGCUAUCGAGAAAAAGUAGACUUCUGACUUAAUUUUGUUAAGAUGUUAAGAUCAUUUUGUUGUAGAGGGUAAUUUCUGGUAGCCCAAAGGAGUGACUGUUCUUCAGUGUCUGGACCCUAAGCAGAGAUGUGAAUCAUUGUUGAAAUUCAGCUUUCUUCAACUCAGCCUCGGUGAAGGACAAGUUGCAUACACUGCCACGUUUGUUUUUAAAUUUAAUUUACUUUGAGAUGAGGUGUUGGCCUCCAACUUGGAGUCCUCCUGCCUCAGCCCCCCAAGUGCUGGGACUGUUGAUAGGCAGGUACACUGUGCCUACUUUUGUUUGUAAAGGUGCAACAGCUUUCACCCUGUAAUGACUGUGACUUAUAAGGGCUUGGUGUGAAGUAAGUCAUGUUUUCCAGUGCAACCUGUAAGGGCCAUCCAGCCUGGACUGAGAAAACCGUAGAUUAAGUGGCCAAGUUCUCCACGGUGUGGUCAUUAAACCUUUCGUAAGAUUUGGUUCAUACUUUCUCUUCUCUAUCCAUUUCUGGCAAACAAGUUACAGGAGGAUUUUGGUAAGUUCUCUUACAGUCUUUUAUUGAAGCAUUGUGAGAUUUAAUGAAUAUGGGGGAAAUGAGAAUUCUGGUUGGCCGCAGUACGGAGCAUUAGCUUCUGAAGUGGAAGUUAGGCCCUUUGUUUCCUAAAAAUGGUGGUGGCAGAAAGAAGGAAGCCUCUCAUCAGUGCUCUCUGAGCCCUGGGCUUUCUGUACAGUCACAGUCACCUAGUGGAGUCGAGCUGAAUCCAGCACUAACACUGACAGCACUGAUGUGUACCAUUGGCAAUGUGGAACCGCUGACCUGGAUCCUACUUAGCUCUGGUUUUUUACUUUGCAAUCUCUGUAUUUAUACUGUGAAGUGAAGUGGGAAACCAAUUAUAGAUUCUUUGUCUGAUGACUUAAAAUGAAUCGACUGUUAUGUUGAAAAAACCAUUAUCACUGCCUCAGAGUACAUACAUACAAGAUAACACGGAUGGAUGCUUUUACCUUUGCAACCUGGCAGAUGGCCAUUUACCUGAGAGAGAAGACAGUUUUUCUGGGUGCCAUGAAGGAACACUGCUGGUGUUGGCAUUUCAUGGAGGUGGGCAACGUGAGUAGGACUGGCCAAUGGACUUUUGGUUCAUAUGUUUGUACUGAGAAUCUUCAUAAUAAACUAGAGACAAUGUAA